UCCUGAGUUGACACUCGCAGAUACUCUUGAUUUCUACUCCAUGUCACCCAUUCGUGUCGGUUUGAUCGGUCUCUCUGGCUCGCCGCCCGACAAAUAUCAGGGGACUGGCUGGGCUGCUUCCGCACACCUACCUUACCUUCUCGACUCGGACGCAUACACCCUCGCCGCCUUGUGCAAUACCUCUGUAGAGUCAGCCAAGAACGCGGUCAAGUUACAUGGCUUACCCGAAUCUACGAAGACAUAUGGUAGCGUCGAGGAACUCUCCGCCGAUCCUAACAUCGACCUCGUCGUAUCAUGCGUCCGCGUAGACAAACACUACCCGACCACCGUACCCGCCCUCCGUGCUGGAAAAGCGGUCUUCACCGAAUGGCCACUCGGAGCCAACCUGGACGAAGCGAAAGAGAUGACCGCCAUCGCGAAGGAACGACACGUGAGGAACUUCGUGGGCCUCCAAGGGCCAUUUUCACCCUUGAUCAGGCGGGUUAAGGAAUUGGUGGAUGGUGGCAGGAUCGGUAAGGUCCUGAGCAGUACGUAUGCCGCUGCUCCGGGAAAUGGAGGGGCCACGGAGAAAUGGACCGUCGAUUAUUUUACGACGAGGGCGGUGGGCAGUAAUCCUGUUACUGUAGGCGUGGGGCACGCUCUGGAGUACAUUGAGUACAUCCUCGGCCGUAUCGAAACUUUCGAUAGCCUUAUGCUCAAUGGCCAUCCCAUAGUCGACAUCAUCGCGCGUGACGGGUCCGUCUUCGAGAAAGGACGCAAAAAGGAUGUGCCCGACCAAGUCAUGUUCCACAGCAAGACCUCCAACGGCGCCCUCUUCUCCUUCUACUUACGCGGCGGACAGCCCUUCCCCGGCACCCCCGCUCUCGAGUGGCGCAUCCACGGCUCAACCGGCGAGAUCCGAAUCACUUCGCCCGCCACGUUCUUGAAUGUCGGACAUCCGGAGAGUAAGAUCGAGGUGCAUGACCAGAAGACGCCGGGGCGGGUUGAGGUGGUGGACCCUUUGGAGGACGAGCUUGGACAUUUGGGGUUGCAGGCGAGGAAUAUUGGGAGGAUGUAUGAGUUGUAUGUGAGGGGUGAGGAGGGAGGGUAUGAUUUUGAACAUGCGGUGGAGAGGCAUCGGUUCUUGGACGAGUUGUUCCGUCGAUACGACGCACAGGCGUAAGGUCUGAGAUUGAAUCAUCUCGCCAGAUUGCUGGUUCGAAAUAUACGUGUACAGUAGAGUAGAUGAUAGUGACCCAAGAAUGCUAUAUCCAUAUCUUGUGCAUGGUAGUCUUCC